CAGACCUCAUUAUGGGGCACUACACAAAGCUUGUUGGGAAAGUUAAUGAACGGGCAGGAGAUCCACAUUGCUUGAGGAGCAGUACAAAAAAAACAAACAAACAAAAAAAACAAGCAUAUUUACCCUCCAAAAAGCUUGGCACAUGUACCCUAGGUGGAGCGGGUUACAAAACAAGAAGGUUCUACUUUGGGCAUAAACAAAACCACACAAAAACCGAGUCCUUCGUUUUAUUAUUUACUUUCCUUCUCUACCUUUGCGAUGCUUCCGAGUCCGAUCACUUCGACUCCUUUCUCGGUUAAGGAUAUUUUGAAACUGGAGCAACAGCACAAUUUACGUGACGCUUUCCAGCCCCAACAGUUUCUUGUGAAGGACUCGGACCUGUCUUCCGCGCAGUCGCCUUACUGCGCACACGCCGCAAUUACACACUCGGACGCGCUCCUUCACAGCCCGGACAGGCUCGAUUACACUGCCGAAGAGAAUCGUGUGAAACGAGACUUCAGUUCAGACGAGUUUGACAUUUUUAGGGGUACCUGUGGCUCUCCAGCAGAAGAAAUGGAUGCGAACGAGGAGCCGGGAAGUUGCGGCCUGGGUGAUUCUCCAAGCAGCGGCGCCAAAAAAGAGGAUGACUUGGCCGACCGGCCCCAGCACAGACAGAGAAGGAAACCCCGAGUUCUGUUCUCUCAAGCGCAAGUCUUCGAACUGGAGCGGAGGUUCAGACAGCAGCGGUACCUGUCGGCUCCGGAACGGGAGCACCUGGCCAACAUGCUGAAACUCACCUCGACCCAAGUCAAAAUCUGGUUCCAGAACAGGAGAUACAAGUGCAAGAGGCAGCGGCAAGACAAGAGCCUGGAGCUGGCGGGGCACCCGCUUCCACCGCGAAGGGUCGCCGUGCCAGUCUUGGUUCGAGACGGUAAACCCUGCCUCGGAGGGUCCCAGACAUACAAUGGCCCUUACAACGUGACAGUCAGCCCCUGUCCUUACAACACUUACUGUGGCAGCUAUAGCAGCAACCCGUACAGUUGUAGUUACGCAGGGGUGCCCACGGUGCCAAGCGCGGCACCAUCUGCGGGCCAUUUAAUGAACAUGAAUGUAAACAUGGGAAGUAUUGCGCACCAUCAGGGGCAACAGGCGUAUCUGCAAGGGAUCCGGGCCUGGUGAGGUGCGCUUAAUCACAGAACAAGAAAGAAGUGUUCUUUAACAAGAGUAUAAAAUAUAUUUCACGGCGAACCAACUCGCAGUUGAUUUGAAGGUUCAGACAAAAAAAAAAAAAAAAAAAAAACACACAGCAAUUUGACCGCACUGACUUCCAGUUUAGACCACGUGGAUUUCUAUGUCAUGUCGUGGUAGUAAUAGAUGUAUAUGUUGUGAAAGUGCACGCGUUACGGUGGUGCUGUCGUGACAUGAGACGUUUAUAUUCACACAAGCUCGUGGGAAUUGUCUUCUGAGUUGAAGAAUUGCUACAAACUGUUUUGAUGGCGCUUAAGGUCCACUCCGCCCAUUUAAAACAAGGACCGGCAAGAACCUUUGAACAUAUACAGAUAUUCUUGCAGUAAAAGUGAAUUACAUCCAGUUUUAUAGCCGUUGAAAGUAGCGACAUUUUCCUUCCUUUUUUAUAUUAUGCUACCCAUAUAAUUGAGUGAGCAUCGCUUUUCGAUAUGGUAAAUGCUGUAAAGACGGCCUGGGUUUUUUGUGUUUAUUUUAACAAUUGUAUACUUCACCAUGCCACAGAAUCCAAUCGAUCUUCUCGUUUUCAAAUGUAAAACUGUAUUAUUUAUCUACUCUUUGUAAAGAAAAAAUGUAAAUACUUUUUUUUUUGGUGACAUUUGUACUUUUCUAUAAAGAAGUCUUGUCAGUUUACAUGUUGCUGGUUCAAUAUACUCCCAUUCUGCAAAGUAAAAAACAGAACACAAAUGUUAAACACUUAGUAUAUGUAUCUACGGGAAAAAAAAUGGUUUCAAAGUC